UCGAAUUAUAGUCAAGUGAACCCUGGCCUAGGUCCUCGCAAGGAAGACGAGGUUUAAUAUGGCGAGCGUCGCGGUGGAGAAGACGGCGGAGGAGCUUCGGAAGGAGAUCGCCGAGUUACAGCGUCAGCAAUGGGAGAUCACUGAACGCCUGCGAAAUCCGAGGGGAAUUCGACGUGCCAGCGCUGGCGCCGGCACCGGCGUCGGCCCUGGCACUGGAGCUGGCGGACCACGGCUCCGCGGUGUCAUUAGAACCGCUCCGGAAAUGGAGGAACAGCCGGUUUCUAAGAGGCGACUCUCUUCUGCAGUUGUCAAGGUUGAUGGUGAAGAGAAUAAGGAUGGUGGUGCUGAAGCGGAAGAUCCCCAGGUUCAGGAUCCAGCAGUGGAAGUCGGGGCUUCCUCUGGUGGGGAGAGCAGCAAGGUAAUGCCUGGGAGUGUUCAGAUUAAUGAGGCGUUUAGAAGAGAUGGUAGUGUCCGGUUGAGGAAGAUGCAGGACUAUGAUGCUAUUCCAACAGAAACAGUUCCUAGGGUGUUGCCAAAAGAGGAUGACCCAAACUUGGUGAAGAGAAAUAGAAGAAUGCUUGGCCAGCUGUUGGGUACACUGGAGAAAUUUCGUGAAGAAGACAAACAGCUUUCUUCAACAGAGGCAUAUAUGAGGAGAUCAGAUUCAUUGAAGAGGGCUGAACAAAAGGCCCGUGAGGAAAGUGAGAGGUUAAGGCAACAAGAAAGAGAACAGAUUUCAGAGAAGCGCAGGCGUGAUUUGACCCUUCGAGCUCGUGUUGCUGCAAAGGCUGAGGAAAAGAAAUUGGAGCUUCUAUUCCUCUUCUGGGCUGAGCAUCACAAGAAGCUCUCCAAUUUUUUAAGGACAAAAACAGAACCUCCAAUUUAUUACAUGCCAGCUAAGCCUUUAGUUGAGGAUGCAAUUCUUCAAGAGCAGCAGAAGGAACAGGCUUUUCAAGAAUGGAAGUCCUUGCGAAGAGCAGAGCUGUCAGAGUACCAGAAGCAGAUCGAAGAGAACUAUAUCUCCAAUGUGGACAAGGAGCUUGAAAGGUGGCAAAAUGCGAGGAAUGCGAGGAGAUCAAACAAUCUGGCCAAUCUCCAGGAAUCCAUGGAUAAGGAGCUUGAGACACACAGGUUAGUACAUGGUCCUAAGACAAGGAGGAUUUCUGGAGGCAAUGACGAGGACGAGGAUGUUGAGGACAUUGUUAUUGAAGACGAACUCUUGGACGAGGUCCUUGAGCCACAUGACAGGCCUGAAGCCGAUGCAACAAAAAUCCCAGAAAUAAGUAACGGCGGUUCUGGUCCAGCUUGAGAAACCACCAGAAACAAUAUUAUUCUUGCAUUCGUAAUGAUCUUACCGCUUAACUUUUACCGUAUUUUAUCUUUGAUUUCUUUAUGUUUGAUACGAUGAAGUGUUUUCUCUAGAAAUCUUAUGUGCUUGAAAGUAGUAUAUUAUAGUGUUUUUGUUGUGUUGCUUGUUGAUGUUUUUAUGGAAGGUUAUAUAACAGCUUUUUCAGUAGCAUGACCUCUUUGUUUUCA